CAGGAAACUGUCAAUACUCAAGAAGAAGAAAAAACUGAGACUUGUCAGGAGAUUGUAAACCCUGAGCACUACAUUAAGCAUCCACUACAGAACAGAUGGGCCUUGUGGUUCUUCAAAAAUGACAAAAGCAAAACCUGGCAAGCCAACCUUCGAUUAAUUUCAAAGUUUGACACCGUUGAAGAUUUUUGGGCGCUUUAUAAUCAUAUCCAGUUGUCUAGUAACCUAAUGUCAGGUUGUGACUACUCACUUUUUAAGGAUGGUAUUGAACCCAUGUGGGAAGAUGAAAAAAAUAAGCGUGGGGGAAGAUGGCUAAUUACACUUAAUAAGCAGCAAAGGAGGAAUGACCUUGACCGCUUUUGGUUAGAAACGCUCAUGUGCCUUAUUGGAGAGUCGUUUGAUGACUACAGUGAUGAUGUAUGUGGAGCUGUUGUAAAUGUUAGAGCAAAAGGAGACAAAAAUAGCAAUCUGGACUACUGAAUGUGAAAACAGAGAAGCAGUCACACAUAUAGGGAGGGUUUACAAGGAAAGAUUAGGACUUCCUGCAAAAGUAGUGAUUGGAUAUCAGUCCCAUGCAGAUACGGCUACUAAGAGCGGCUCCACCACCAAGAAUAGAUUUGUUGUUUAA